CACGGGCUCCCCAACGACGUUUGCUGGUCAUCAUUCUUCCACCUUCCACCUUCAUACCGACAUUUAACCUCCCCCUUCUUCUCCUGUCAGAUCCCUGAUGAACGACCUCCAGUCCAAUUAAAAUGUCAGAAACUGAUGAAAUGCAACCCAAUGUCCGUCCGCGGACUCAUGUGGGAACGCUAUUGCGCUGUUUCUUGUGCCAUGAGCCGAUCCCCCGACCUUAUGGCGUCGACAAGGACGACUUCUAUCCCGAAUGGCAGGGCCCCUUGGUCUCUGUGUUCCCUUUCACUACCGGCGACGGGCCUGUUCAGCAGCAACUGCGCCCCACCAACGUAAAGGAUUUUGAGGCUUAUGAUGUCUCAUUUCUGGUGUUGCCCACACCAUAUUACACCCCAUUUUGGAAACAGAACCCGCUCCUCGACAGCUUGUCCGUUCAGGAUUGUGGGGAGCAACCCCUAUGUGGGGAUUACUGCGAUGAUUGCAGACCAGAUCGCAUGGUCUACCUCUCGCACCGGGACUGUUGGAAAGUCGCCUUUUCCAGCGGCCGAUGCUCUUCGUCGGACUGGUCCCGCCUAGCUGUUCAGACUCGACCAUUCGAAGUCCGUUCCUGGCGGGUGAAAGAUCAAGUUGCGGUUUGUCACCAGGACCCUGUCACCCCUAUACUUAGCUCCGUGCCCACUGAUAGCAACCUGUUCCACGAGGGCACCCCUUUAGGAGGUCUUCUCGCCAGGAUACGCACGCUACCCACGGAACUUCAAUUCCAAAUAGUGGGCCGCCUGAAAGGCACAAUGUUUGCUUCCCUUCUACAAACCAAGUCGUUUGUUUCCGAAGUGAUGCCUCAUCUACGCCCCAAUUCCAAUUGGGCAAUUCAACCUAAGACGACACCCUUGGGGUCGAAUGGUGAAGAAAGCAGCGCUAUGCUUUCGUGUUGUUCCACUAGCAUCAUGGGCCGGUCAUACUUGAGUGAAUUGACUCUCGGACAACCCAAAGUCUCAGGGUCACAUAUCCCUAUAGCGAAGAAACCUAUCCAUGGUGUCCAAUUCGCUCUAGGCACUCUUGGCCUUAGAGGCAUUCGCAUUUCGUAUGAGGAUGGAACUUCGUCCCCAUGGCUCGGCGAGUCAUCGUCUUGCUGGAUAGGAGCAGUUCCAUGCCGCGAUCUGUCCAAUUUGACAGUUAUUGCCGACGAGUUACGGGUCAUCAAGGUUGACACGGACCAAAGUGCCGCCACGCGUGCAGGAUCAUCAGUCAUGUGGUGGGGUGAGGGCCCUCCUGCGAGAAGUCACAUUGUCAUGGACUGGUUUUGGACCAGGGAACUUCAUUACUAUCCAGAUUGGCAGCAGUGUCAGUAUUUGCCACUAACCUUUGGCAAAGAGUACGCGGCCGGCUUGACAGUGUACAUGAACUCUGAGUUCUCGGGUGUGAUGGGCCUUGUCUCCCAUGGGUCCUCUGACUUUGCAUUCGGGGAGGCUGUGGCCUUCGAUAAGCAUCAUCACUCCUCUGGAACACCACUUCAUUUCGCCUUCAGCCCAGGAGAGUAUUUGACGUCUGCUUGGCUGCAUCUAAAUUCAAUGCAGCCAUAUAGGAAAUUUGGAGGGAUACUUGUGUUGGCUACUAAUAUGGGCCGAGUUCAACAUUUCGGAUCUUAUCCAUUUUCCCAGCAAAGAAACCUCACCGAUUCAGCGUGGGUUCGUCUCAGCAGUGAGCGCUCAGCUAUGAUUCAUGGACUGGUCAUUAACAUAACCCAUUGCAAUUGGUCUGGAUGUAUCAUUCCAAUGUUUGGAGUAUGUCAGGACGGUCUUCCUGCACGGGAACUCGAUGACACAGUGAAGCCUCCGCUCGUGCCAGUCCAUAUAAGGGGGCCUACGCUCCCCUCACCGUCUUUCACCUACCACCUUCGAAAGCGUAAGAAGCGGUACGGCUUCUCGACAGCAUCACUGAAUAACAUAGCGACCAUCCACGUGCGCAAGAGGAAUGUUUCAUUCGAUUCAAGGAGGGUAAGCUGGUGUGUAGGGCUGCGUAUAGUCCAUCACGAUUCAACCAUCGACAUACUGGGCAGAUGGGAUCCCAGACAAAAAAUGUCAAUUUCGAAAUUAUAUGAUUCCGACGAGGGCUUCCUUACUCGAAUAUCUUUUCACUUGACAGAAUUUACGACAAGAACAAUUGUGGAGCACAUUACUGUAGGAGUAGCAGAUACUCUGUGGGAUUGUCAGCCGCUAGAUCCUUCAUCACUGGUUCCCAUGGACCCUCCGGACCACUCUUGGAGAUGCAACCCUGCUCAGUAUCCGACAUUUCCGUUGAAAACGAGAACAUUUGACUGCACCGAGGGCUCUCAACGGGUUGCCUGGUGGUUUACAUGUGGAAAUGACGAUAUCAGUCGGGAUCAUGGGUGCUCAGCUGUUCAAGCUGAAGGGCGAAGAGAUGACACAGACAGCCUCAAAGCGAUUCAAGUAGAACGUGACGGCACGGCGGUGUGAGCCUGCAUUGGCCAGCAUAAAUCGUUCUGGAACUCUGAUCGUGCAGCAGAGGCGCAGUUUUGCGGAUACUCUAAUAAAUUGAGCGAGUUUGGACCUGCCA